AUGGAAGUGGUUCAGUUUUUGCUUCGCCCUGAGGACUCUACAAUCGUAGUUGAAAACGUAGAUAUCCGAGUGAAUGAUAAUCCUCCUACCGCACCUUUCGCUUCACUGCCUACAGAAAUAUGGCUUAUUAUUCUUGACUAUCUCGACGAUUUCAGCGCUCUUUCAUUCGCCUUGACUAGCAGAGGCUUCUAUAACACAGCGUCAGAUCGACUGCAAAGCAUAAUUUGUCCCCUAGCUGAGCUUGGAUGCUGGGCGGGGAGGCCACUGGUUAGAGCUGGAAUCUCUCUGGACACGGAAGAAGAGUAUUCGGGAGGUAGUGCUGAGAUGGACGAGGCUGGCGGCAAUUACCUCAUGGCCGUAAUUGAAUCGAAGAUGCUCGGAUUGAGGGAACGUGGGUACCAUACGAUUUAUGAUUCCGAUGAUCCUGGAAAACUAGAGAUACUUCGUUCUAUCUCACGCGAUAACUAUAUACCGCCGGUUAUACGGCGGUACGUCUCUGCCGUUUUAAGUAAUACUGAGUACGAGAAUAUGUUUCAAGAGGGGAAACAGUACAUAAUCAGAAAUCUUGAUAAAAAGGAGUACGUAACGUUCCCAACAGGAAGGUUGGAGAGGAUCACCAUUCGACCUCGAGGGGUAUUUGAUGAUACUUUGGUCCAAGCACCCCACCCGGCAGAAAAUUUCAUUGAAGCAAUUACUUGGACGCCGGCGAUUAAAACCGAUUGUCGUGGCUUGGAGAAAGGCGCUUGGGCUGGGAAUCGAAUAGAUCUUGUUUUAGACCGACGGGAGGGGUUAGAUGGAUGGAAACAGUUGCAAAGUUAA